GAGAUGGUGGCAGCGGUGACGUCAGAGGUGGCGGACGUAAGAGUGCUGAGUCAGGUGGAGUCACCAUUAUUGUUUCUCUUGUUUUAAGUCGCUGAAAACUACUUCAAGAUGUCCACGGCGCUGUUUGGAGGAAGUGCUCGCUCGUCCAGCAAGAACCUGGUGGAGUUCAGGGCUGGCAAGAUGUACAUGAAGGGGCAGAUGGUUCACCCUGACAAAAGGAAGGGUUUGGUAUAUCUCUACCAAGCUGAUGACUCCCUCAUGCAUUUCUGCUGGAAGGACCGUGGCACUGGCACUGUUGAGGAGGAUCUGAUCAUAUUCCCUGAUGACUGUGAAUAUAAACGUGUUGCACAGUGCACCACUGGCAGAGUUUACGUGCUUAAGUUUAAAUCGUCUAGCAGGCGGCUUUUCUUCUGGAUGCAGGAGCCCAAGACUGACAAAGACGAUGAGCAAUCACGCAAGGUAAAUGAGUUACUCAAUAAUCCCCCAGCUCCAGGAUCACAACGCUCUUCUGGAUCAACUCCAAAUCCUGCUCUAGGAUCAGAAAUAACCAAUCUGCGUGACUCAGAUAUUCAAAAUCUCUUUGGAAACAUUUCUCAGCAACAGCUGAUGCAAAUUUUAGGAAGUGGAAUGUCUAGUUUGGCCACACUGCUUGGUCCAGGUAGGUCUGGCAGUGGAGGGGGUCGAAGUGGUAGUGGGAGUAGCAGCUCAACUUCAGCUACUACCACAGCUUCCACUACUCCAGCCGCUACUACUACUCCAACACCGGCACCGACUCCUGCUCAGGAUUCUUCUAAAGCAGGGAGCACUAGUCUGGAAAGUAGUAGUGGUGGUACUAGCAGUGGCACUCCUAGCAGUGGCAGUGUUGUACCCAUUCAGUUGUCUGAUUUACAGAACAUACUUUCUGGGAUCUCUGUUCCACCUGAUGUAUCUGGCUCUCCCAGGGUUGCAGUUGACUUGAGUCCAGCCAUGACUGCAGAAGCCCUUCAGCCUAUAUUGACGAAUGAAGAGUUCGUGAACCAGCUUCGUCCAUACCUUCCUGCAACUUCUGAUGAAUUACCUCCCACUGAGCAACUUAGGGGAACAGUCACUUCUCCUCAAUUCCAACAGGCAGUAAGCUUGUUCAGCAGUGCACUUCAGUCAGGCCAGCUAGGUCCUCUAAUCAACCAGUUUGGUCUUGGUGAGGAUGCUGUUUUGGCUGCCUCCUCAUGUGACAUGGAAGCAUUUAUUAAGGCUUUAGGUAAGAAGAAAGAUAAAGAGGAAGGUAGUAAAAAGGAAGAAGAAAAAAAGGCUUCUGAUAAAGAUAAGGACCAGGAUAAGGAUGAUGAUGAUGCUAUGUCUGUUGACUAAAUGUUAUCUGUAAAUAUAUUUGUUCAGUACUUUUUAUUUGAUAUCUUUUCAAAAUUACUGGUAUUAUUACUCAGUCAUAAUUUACAUAUUAAACUUUAAUAGGAUUGUAAUUAAGAACCUAGUUCACUGGACAUGUUGGUCAUGGUCUUAAUAUGAUUAUUAGAACAUCUGUAAAUUUCAUCGUAAUUUUGUUGGGAUUUUUGGUUAUUAGUUAUUAAAAAGAAUUUCCCAAGAAGCUUACUAUCAGGGAAAGGGUCAAACCAGCAUGCUGAUAAAGACAUUGACAGAAUGGGAACUUUUAUGUUUCAUUUUGAGACCAAGGUUUUUCAAGUCUGUAAACUUGAAAAAGAUUGUACCAAGCAAUAUGUUUCGGUAAAGGUAUAAUUUCGUCAUUGCCUUUUGAACAAGCUGAUUGCUGUAUUAUUAUUUAGUAAAUUUAAUUUUUGUUUGAUAAUAAAAUGCUGUUUGGCUUAA